AGGGCACUGCCUGCCCAGCCCUGCUGUGUAUCCUCCCUAUGGGCCCCUGGCCCAGCCCUGCCCCAUUCACCUGGUGGUCUCAGCACCCGCCUAGGGCACGGCAAAGGUGGUCUGGAAUGAGCCAUUCUCUGCCACAUGGCCCUUUCUCCACCGGCUCCCCACACUUCUGGGGGGUGACCCGGCUUCCCAGGUGGAGCAACCACUGGCUCUAGGUGGGGGCUCCCUCUGGGCUGUUGCCAUGGCUCCCCAAGAGCCCCAGUGCGUGGGCUGCUGGGUGCAGCAUCUGCUGGUGCCUCGCUUGAAGGAAGGGAGCAUCAGGGUGUAACGAGAUCAGAUGGGAGUGGGGCCAGGCCUAAGAAUAGGAUUGGGCUCUGGCUCCUGGCUCAGGUGGGGGCCCACAGGAACAGGGCAGGGGACAAGGACACAGACAGGGCACUGGUUUCCAGGGCAGGUCAGAGUCCAGACCCUUCACAGCCCAGGCGAAAGCAAGGGCGAGGUUGGGGACUCAGGGCUUGGCAGCAGGCAGCAGGCCAGAGGCAGGAAGCCCACUUAGUUGUGGAGGAGGCUCGGCUUAGCUCCCAUGGCCUUCCUGGUGGCUGGGACCCUGCGGGUGGCUGCUCACAUGGCAGAUGCCCAGGACAGCCUGGCCAGAAAGGGCACGUACAGCCUGCGGGCCCCAAGGGCGGCCCUGACCAUCUGUAGUCCUGAGGUGCCAGACUCCACCGUCGCCAUCCUGGAGGCCACCUUACAGGCCCUAGGCUUCCACAGCUGCCAGAGGAGGGAGGCCUCGGCACAGGGCUUCCUUGGGGAGCUGGCUAGAUUCCGGGAGCAGUUGGAUGCCCAGGGGGGCCCUGUGAGCUGUGCCCUCGUGGCCCUGGUAGCCCCCCGUGAGCAGCUAAGGAGACCCCAGCUGCUGGUGCGGGAGCUGAGCCGCUGUGAGGCCUUGCAGGGCCACCCCAAAAUCCUCUUGCUGCUCUCAAGUGCUCCUAGGGCGGCCCCUGAGCCCGGGGCCUUCCUCACAGGCCUGAGGGAGCUGUGUGGCCGCUGUCCUCACUGGUCCCUCCUGCAGCUGCUGACUGAGGUCUUUGGCCUGGCAUCCCGUGAGUCCUGCAGGGCCAGCUACUGCCCCGUCCUGCGGAGCUCUUUGCGGGGGACACUGUUUCUGCAGGAGGCAGGACUGUGGGAUCAGGAGCAGGAAGGCAGCCCCGGGGCUCAGUAUGACCUGUCAGGGGCCAGGGCUGCCCUCAUCCUGGCUGUGCUGCGAGAGCGGCCCGGGGCCCAGCGUGAUGUGGAGGCACUGAGAGGCUUAUGCGAGUCCCUGGGCUUCCAGACCGUCCUGAGGACUGACCCCACAGCCCAGGACUUCCAGGAAGAGCUGGCGCAGUUCAGGGAGAGGCUGCACACCUGCAGGGGCCCCGUGGGCUGUGUCCUCGUGGCCCUCAUGGCCCACGGGGGGCCUCGGGGGCAGCUGCUGGGGGCAGAUGGAGAAGAGGUGCAGUCAGAGGCACUGGUGCGGAGGCUGAGCCGGUGCAGGGCCCUUCGAGGCUGCCCCAAGAUCUUCUUGCUCCAGGCGUGCCGCGGCGGGCACAGGGACGCCGGCAUGGGCCCUGCAGUGUCCCCCCGGUUCUGGCGCUGGCUGCGGCCAUCACCACCCACCCCGUCCCACGCCGACGUGCUCCAGAUCUGCGCUGAUGCCCCUGGCGGCCCCACCCCAGAGAGUUUGGACUUGGCUGACGUCUUGAGGGUCUACGCAGCCACCGAGGGCUACGUCGCCUACCGGGGAGAGAGGGGCUCUGACUUCAUCCAGACGCUGGUGGAGGUGGUCAGAGCUUACCCCGGGGAGGACCUCUUGGAGCUACUGGCCGAGGUGAGCCGGCAGGUGUGCGCGCUGGACGUGCUGGGUCCUGACUGCAGCGAGCCCCGCAAGGCCUGCCCGGAGGUCCGGAGCUCGCUUCGGCGCCGACUCUGCCUGAGCCGUGCAGGGGUAGCGGCGCCGGGCUGCGCGAACAGCGGGUCGCCCCUGACCCACAGCCGGCCCGUUGGACGCGGGGCGAGCCCCAGCGAUCUCGUCCAGGUCUCGAACCCGCAACCUGACGCGGGAUCUUAGGUUCCACCGUGCGGCUUUGAGCCCCUCCCUCAUGCGGG